AUGAAAGGAAAAAAUUUGGAUGAAACGCAAAGUUUCUCCUGGGUCGAUUAUAUCGUUUUCGUGUUCAUGUUAGCUAUAAGUGGUUUGGUUGGAAUCUAUUGGGGAUUUUUUAAAAAGCAGACAACACAGAAUGAUUAUCUUCUCGGUGGCAGAAAUAUGAAAGUGGUUCCAGUUGCUAUGUCCUUAGUGGCUAGCUUCGUUUCGGGAAUAACCUUACUCGGUUCUCCGACGGAGGUGUAUAUGUAUGGAACCCAGUAUUCCUAUAUCUUGGGUGGAAUAAUUCUUAUGACCAUCGUUAUGACUCAAGUAUACCUACCAGUGUUUCAUGAACUCAAGAUCACUUCAAAUUAUGAGGGUGGUCUUCAAGCAGUUGUUUGGACGGAUGUAAUUCAGAUAACAGCUAUGGUUGGGGCCAUGGCAUUGGUGGCAGUUAAAGGAACAAUUGAUGUCGGCGGUGUGGGAGUUCUGUGGCAGCGAAAUUUGGAGAGCGGAAGAAUUGAGACACCGAACUGGGAUCUUCGACCGACAGCUCGACACACUAUAUGGAACUUAUUUAUUGGAGGUUUUGUUUACUGGUUACAAGCGAAUGCAGUCCACCAGACAAUGGUGCAACGAUAUUUAGCUUUACCAACCAUACGAGAUGCCAAAUGGGCAGUAUUUCUAUUCUGCAUUGGGAUAUCAACUCUCUAUUGCUUCUGUUUAUAUUGUGGUCUUCUGAUUUACGCCCGUUUCCACGACUGCGAUCCGUUACAAACAAAAUUAGCAAAGGCGAAAGACCAAUUAUUACCGUUAUUAGUGAUGGACGUUCUUGGAGACAUUCCUGGAUUAGCUGGAGUUUUUGUUGCCGGAAUAUUUAGUGCUGCAUUGAGUUCUUUGUCAACUAGUUUAAACUCGAUGUCAGCCGUGGUCUUGGAAGACUUUUAUAAGCCAUUCUUUAAGAAGCGUCUCUCCGAGACACAAACAAAUUUUCUUUUGAAAGGAGUUGUAAUAGUUUUGGGAAUUCUUUGUUUGGCACUUGUGUUUAUCGUCGAAAAAAUGGGAACGGUGUUGCAACUUACGAUGACUUUAGAAGCAAUAACUAUGGGUCCACAACUUGGUGUUUUUACAAUGGGGAUUCUCAUUCCUUUUGUUGAUGCUACGGGUGCUUUAGUGGGAGGAAUUACUGGGGUUGCGGCUAUGGCAUGGUGGUGUCUGUCAGCCCAAAUGGCUAUAGCAAGGGGAUAUAUAUCGCACCCACAUAAACCACUCACCACUGAAGGCUGUUCCUACAAUUUCACUCGAGUGGAAACAGUUGUUACUGAGAGCCAGUUUGUAUUACCAUAA